UGUGAACAUGCUCAUAACAUAACAAUAUAGUAGAUAAAUAUUUAUUCAUUCAUACAUACUGUUAGCCAUAAGUUUUUGCUCCACAACAUAGAUUUUUGAUGAAAUAUUUAAUGAACGAUUCUACAUCUAACCAACCUUAAAUUCUUACUAGUGUGGGUGGACUUUGAAAAAGUCUUACAAUUUCCAAAGUUUUCCAAAUGUUUCCAAAGUAUAAUUAAUGGUAAAAUGUUAUUCAAAUAUUCAAAUUAGAGGAUUUUGUCUUUAUAAGAACUCAAUUUGCCUAAACUACUUUAUUAAUUAUUAUUAUCUUAAUUAGGCAAAAAUAUUUUAUUACUUAAAACCUGGGGUCAUAUUAAACGAUUGUUUAGUUUUAAGUUAAUAUGUGUACAGAGUGUCUUAUUAUUAUUAAGUGUUUUUCAAGUGGUAUAUAGGUGAUAAAAAUAUUAGUUAGUAUUAUAACUUAUUCUCCCACCAAAAACUUUUAUUUACACCCUGUCCAAUAUUUGUUUACUAGUUUAGGUAUAUAUUUAUUAUUAUAUUAUAUAAUAUAGGUAGUUCUUGAGUGUUAUUGAAUGUUAAUUUACCUAUCUAAUUUAUUUCACGUUAGUUAUUUUAGCUUUCAUUAACUCCAUACCUAUACUGAUUAAUAAGUCGAUGUGCAACUAAAUGGUUACAUAAAUAGUAUAUAAUGUAUCAGUCAAUUGAUUUUAAAGGGUAUGAUUUAUCGAAUGAAAGGGAAGAAAUUGUGCCUAUUGGAUCCUUGAAUCAUCUAUCAACAAAAUAUGAGAGCUUGGAUUAUGAAGUCAUCGAAAAUGAGUUAUACCGUGAAGAAGAACAGAAAAAAGGUUAUAGAUAUGUUGUACAAAAAGAUUUUUCUAGAUGGAUGACAUUUUUUUGGAUUGGGGUAACAGUUGCCUUUAUUGGAAUAAUAAUUUUUGUUUCAAUUGAAAUUGGAACUACUUUUAAGUUCAACAUGAUCAAAAAAUACUUUGAUGAUUGUACAGAAAAGGAUUGUAUAGUUAAACCUUAUUUAGUGGCCCUUGUACUAAACUUAAUUCCAUCAUUAAUUGGGUCGUGUCUUAUAGUUUAUGUUGAACCUAUGGCUAAAGGUUCUGGUAUCCCGGCUGUGAAAUGUUUUUUAAAUGGAAUCAAAGUACCUAGGUUGAUUAGACUAAAGACAUUGGCUGUCAAAGUGAUUGGUGUCAUUACUGUUGCACUUGGUGGUUUGUGGGGUGGUAAAGAGGGACCUAUGAUUCAUGCAGGAUCUAUAGUAGCUGCAGGAAUUUCUCAAGGAAAAAGUACAACUUUCAAUAAAGAUUUGGGUGCAUUGAAUUUUUUUAGAGAAGACCAUGAAAAAAGAGAUUUUGUAUCUGGAGGCGCUGCAGCAGGUAUAGCUGCUGCUUUUGGUGCUCCAGUAGGUGGUUUGCUAUUCAGUUUAGAAGAGGGUGCUAGUUUCUGGAAUCAAGCACUUACAUGGCGAAUAUUUUUUGGAUCUAUGAUUUCAAUGUUCACAUUACAUUCUGUUUUAAGUGCUUAUCAUGGACAUCCAGGUGACCUUACAUACAAGGGUUUAUUAAAUUUUGGAAAUUUUGAUGAUUUAUCAUAUCAUAUACUCGACAUUCCAAUAUUUGUACUUAUGGGUAUAAUUGGCGGCUUGACAGGAGCAUUGUUUUGUCAUUUAAAUCUCCAAUUAUUUAAAUUUAGAAAAAGAUAUGUUAAUAAGAACUGGAAAAAAGUCUUAGAAGUUUUAAUUGUAUGUUUGACUACAGUGACUAUCAGUUUUUUACUCAUUUUAUUUAAUACUGAUUGUAAAAAAUUAGGACUUGAUCCAACAGAUCAUCCUAUUCAGUUUGGAUGCAACGAUGGUGAAUUUAACGCUAUGGCUGCUUUAUGGUUUCAGCUUUUAGAGGGGACGGUACGAUCAUUGUUUCACGAUACUCCUGAUGUUUUUAAUACAACUACAAUAAUUUACUUUGGUAUUUUUGCCUAUUUCAUAACUUUGUGGACUUACGGAGUGCAUUUUAGUGGUGGUGUGUUAAUACCUGGACUAUGUACUGGAGCAGCAUGGGGACGGCUUGUUGGACGAACAAUAUUUCAUUUUUUUCCAAAUACAAAUAUAGGUAUUUAUUCCUUGAUUGGUGCUGCAUCACAAUUGGGCGGAAUUACAAGAAUGACAAUUAGUUUGACAAUUAUUCUAGUAGAAGCUACUGGAAGCAUAACAUUUGGCUUACCACUUAUGAUAUGUUUAAUGACUGCCAAGUGGGUUGGUGAUUUUUUUUCUGAAAGCAUAUAUGAUACACAAAUUGAGUUAAGCGGUAUGCCAUUAUUAGCUUGGGAUCCUCCCCCAUUAUCUUCUAAUAUUUAUGCUGACAAUUUAAUGACACAUCCAGUUAUUACAUUUAAGACUAAAGAAUCAGUUGGAAACAUUGUAAAAACAUUAAAAAAAUAUUCCCAUAAUGGUUUUCCAGUAAUUGAAUACGUACAGAAUUAUGAAUUAGAUGAAGGAAAAACUAAAUGUUAUCUGCGUGGUUUAAUAUUACGAUCACAACUAAUUGUACUUUUGGAGAACAAAGUUUUCGAUGGACCACUGACUAAUUAUUGGGACUCUAUUACAAUGGAAACUUUUAGAGAAGACUAUCCUAGAUAUUCAAGUAUUGAAGAUAUUGAACUACUGCAAAAUGACCUAAAACUAACAAUAGAUUUAUCGCGGUUCAUGAAUCCAUCACCAUAUAUUGUUCAACAUACAAUGUCAUUGCCACGUAUUUUUAAAUUAUUCAGAGCUAUGGGACUUCGACAUAUAGUUGUUGUGAAUGAUUCAAAUGAAGUUGCUGGGAUUGUGACACGUAAAGAUUUAGCUCGAUAUAAAGUUAUUAGACACAUGGGUAAAAUCAGUGUAACAGAACUAAAGUUUUCAAGCAAAAUGGAGUAGGUAAAUAAUUAUCCUAAAGAAAUUAACAUUAAUUUUAUUGAUUUUUUAAAAAAAAUUGCUUUAAAACAUUGGUAUAUCUGUUAUAAAGUUAUAAAUGGCAUUUUUACAAUGAGUUAUAUUUAUAUAAUGUAUCUAUAGGUAUAUAGGUAUUUAUUAUUUAUAUUGUCAUAAUGAUUUAAUUAAAAUUCUUAAAAAUAUUAAAAAAUAAAAUUGUUAAAUGUGAGUUUUAAACCUAAGAGGCUAAGAACAACAAUAUUGAAGAUCAACCUUUCUUCCAAAUUUAAUUUUUGAAUGAAAUAUUAUAUUUGUAUGUUGUUUUAUUAUUAUGAAAUUAUGCAGGACAGAUAUUUGUAAACAAUCUUUGAAUUAUUAGUUAUUUAAAUAUUAUGUACUUGUACUGACUUGUAAUAUUGUAAAAAUAAAACAUGAUGAUAUACCCAUCAA